AUGAAGCUCACGAGCAUCAUUAUCACCACUAUUCUCGCUGCCACCGCCUACGGUGCUGCCGUCUCUGAACCCGAGGCCCGUUGCCGUCUUGUUGGUCAGCCAUGCUCCAAGCGUGAGGCUGAGGCUGAAGCUGCUGCCCGCUGCCGUCUCGUUGGUCAGCCAUGCUCCAAGCGUGAGGCCGAAUGCUCCUUCGGUAGCUUGACUUGCUCCAAGAAGAGGGAGGCUAUUCCCGAGCCGGAUGCUCGAUGCAGGCUCGUCGGCCAGCCCUGCUCUAAGGCUAAGCGUGAGGCCGAGGCCUUCGCUAUGUCCCAUCCAAACGAGGGUGAGCUAGAUGCUCGCUCGUGCGGCAUGCCCGGCCAGCCGUGUGACCGUCUCAAGCGUGCUGCUCUUGCGGCUGCGGAGGCCCUUGCUUCUGCUAGUCCCGAGGAUGACUCCAUCGAAGCCCGUCACUGCCUCUUCGCUUCCCACACCUGCCAGAAAGCCCGCCGCUCGGCCGAUGCCCUCGCUGAGGCCGUCGCCAAGGCCUACGCUGAGGCUUUCCCCAGCGCUGAGGCGUUCGCCAAGGCCUGUGCAUUUGGUGACGAGAUUUGCGAGAAGAUUAAGCGCUGGGCCGACCCUGAGGCCCGUUGCCGUCUAGUCGGACAGCCUUGCUCCAAGCAAAAGCGUGAUAUCAUUGCACGUGAGGCCAUUUCUGAAGCUGGUGCCGAGCUCACCAAACGCCGUUGCCGCCUCGUCGGCCAGCCAUGCUCUUAAACGUCUCGCCGAGCCGUUAGGAGUGUGGUGGUAGACGUUGACGCUCGUUGCCCUGUCUUCGCAGCCUUUCUCGCUGACGCUCAAGUGUUCGAUCCCUCAAUCCGAUUCCAAUGUCAACAAUUGUAUAUCUACAACUUUAGUAAUGCUUUACACACUGGCUCAAACGACCUUUAUCCUUCCUCAAAGGCCAGACUUGUAGAGAAGGAUGGCAUCUCUUGGCUCUUUUACAGUUCAUAGACUGGACAAAAGCCAAAGUUACUAGUCUUAUUAUGGAGAAAUGGUUUUUCGCCGAGGUGACGAACACAAUUACUGUAGUCGCGCUUGAUUGGUGGUUAUCUUUUACUUGGAUUUAUGCUUUUCUGAAAAGAUGUACGUAGUUUAGGUUGAUGGCAGACGGUCAAAUUCACCGUGCAAGCUUGUCCGAACGAUAUUUGUCGGGCUCUUACAUCCCCCAUCAAUCUUUUGAUGUGAUGUUAUUGAGUGAAG